CAGCCGGCACAUUGACUGGCGCUAGGCCAGGGGCCGGUCCGAUUUAGAAGCAGGACCUGCAAUCGUCGAUUUUGUGAUCUGAGAUGUCCGGCCUGGCUGGCAAAAGUUGGCUUGAGCCUUGGGCCUUUUCGGAGGGGGGAACGACGGGAUGAUGGAAUGGAAAGGAUGGACCACCUCAUAUCCGCAUACUUACUAUCCGUAUACAAGUUAGGACUCAGCGUUGUAAGGGUUUUAUUUUCGGGGAGGCAAAAAAACAGCCAGUCCCAGAUAGAUCCUAUCCGGUGUAAACGUCCCCAACGGACCAGGCGUUACACCGUCUGCUUGCCCCCAGGACUCCGGUCCUUUCGUUUCGCUUUUUUCUAUCUUGCCCGUCGCGUUCCGCCCGGUUUGUUUGGGAUUCCGACUGGCAGAGAACUUGGUGAAAUAAAGCACGAGCAAGGAGGACGAGGUAAUUACAGUCUGCUGCACUGGAUGCAGAAAAGAGGACAAGCCUUUCCGGGGUGGCGUGCUGCGCCGCGGUUGAGGAUAGGGGUUCUUAUUCUCGUAGACUCUUUCUGGACGUUCGUUUGCCCGACGCGCCUCAAUUCUGCAUUUUUCUUUCCCAAUAUCCUCACUUGGCUUGGCCUGCUCUCGCGCUCGAAUCCCAGGCCCUGGCGUACAGUUGAUUGCUACCGACUGAACAAGCCUCGUCUGGAGCCUGCUCGCCGACUGUCUACUUGUCUGACACUGCUGUCUCCUCCUGUUGUGGCCUGUGACUACAUUUCUCACCACGCACACAGCAAGCCUCGCCCAAUGGUUGUGAACUUGCUCGGAUCGUCCACACACGCCCCCUUCCCACACCCCCUUUUCCCUGUCCCCUGGAUACCUGCACGAGUCGAGGCCCGCGCCCGCGUUCCCUAACAUACCCUUACCUGACCAGACAGACCUGGCUUGAACCUCUCCUUACCUGAACCUCCCACCCACCUAAUCGAUUACCUACCCUCCCAUACCUAAACCAGAAUUCGACUGUCACCGACGACACCACUUUCGCUCCUCUGCAUGUGCUGCUGCGAAUAGAAGUAGACGAAUUGCGUCGGAUUUCCGCCUGAGCCUGUC